AUGCAUCCAAGCGGUACCAAUGAACAAGACAAGAUUGACAAGGCAAAGGCUUUGUACCGAUCGACACAAAAAAGCAAUUAUAAUUUGGAUCAUUGUUGGAACUUAUUGAGGCACCAAGCAAAGUGGCAAUUGCAUAUGGAUAAUUUGCCAACAAAGAGAAAGACGAGUUGCCCUACUGUUCUAGCUGCCAAUGCCAUAGAUGUUGAGGAAAAUGAGAGCAUGUCUACCAAUUUGGAGAGGCUGCUAGGCAAGAAAUCUGAAAAACAAAGGGAAAGGAAAAAGAAACAUGAAGAAUCUUGUAAUAGUCAAUUUGACAAAAAGUUAAGUAACAUGGAAAGUGAUAGGAGGAUAAUGAUGAUUGAGCGACGGGAGACGGCAAUGAAGGCUGAAAAGGACAGGGCUGAGAUAAUCUCACUUAAGAAGAAGAAGAAGAUGGAGAUGGAAGUCAUGAUGUUGAAUGUUGAUAACAUGAAUGCAGUUUAG